AUGGCCUCUCGUGUCCUAGUCUCUGGUCUCCCUCGGUACCUCCCUCCCCUUCCUCCGGGGCCUGCCCCUACCUGCGUCCCCUGCGUCGAGGGGCGGCAGCGUGCUGCCCCUCACUCCUCCCAGUUUCCUCCGACAGAGGCCCCGCAGCAGACGCUUCACAUGGACGUGUGGGGCCCAGCCCGCGUCCGUGGGCAGGGUCAAGAGCGCUACUUCUUGCUGGUAGUUGACGACUACUCGCGUUACACCACAGUCUUCCCCUUGCGCAGCAAGGGUGAUGUUAGUGAGGUGUUGAUCGACUGGAUCCGCGCAGCUCGUCUCCAGCUCAGGAAGAGUUUCGGCUCCGACUUUCCUGUUUUGCGUGUGCACUCAGACAGAGGCGGAGAGUUCUCCUCUGGCCUUCUGCGAGCCUACUGUCGUGCGCGAGGCAUCGACCAGACCUUCACGCUUCUGGACUCUCCACAGCAAAAUGGGAUUGCUGAGCGCCGCAUUGGCAUGGUCAUGGACGUUGCCCGUAUGUCCAUGGUGCAUGCGGCAGCCCCCCAUUUUCUGUGGCCGUUUGCGGUUGGGUAUGCGGGGCAUCAGAUCAACCUUCAGCCUAGGGUCUCCAUGCCGGAGACCUCCCCAGCUUUGCUGUGGACGGGGAAGGUUGGCGAUGCGUCUGCGUUCCGAGUCUGGGGAUCUCGAGCGUUUGUCCGCGACUUGUCUGCGGACAAGCUGUCCCCUCGUGCUGUUCCUUGCGUCUUCCUUGGCUUCCCCUCUGACACGCCGAGGUGGCAGUUCUACCACCCCACCUCGCGCCGUGUUCUGUCCUCCCACGACGUCACGUUUGACAAGUUGGUUCCCUACUACCGUCUCUUCCCCUACCGCACUCCGUCCCUCCCCCCGCCACCGCUCUUCCUUGUGCCAGGUCCCCCCGCGGUGGACCCCCUUCCCCCUCUGGGUCCUGCCCCCUCAGGUUUGUCCCAGGUAGACGCACUCGAGCUUGUUGAGGUAGCUGUUGACUCUGGUGCUGCUGGAGGUACUGAGCCUGGGGGUGCUACGCCUGGGGGUGCUGAGCUUGGGGGUGCUACGACUGGGGGUGCUGAGCCUGUGGGUGCUACGCCUGGAGGAGAAAGUGAGUGGUUUGCCCGGCGCUGGAGGUGUGCUGCUGGAGCAGGAGGUUCUCCUGCUGCUAAGGGUGCUGGUGCCGCGGGUCCCGGAGGUGCUCGUACUGGUAGUACUGGAGCUGCUGGGCCUGCGGGUACUGCUGGAGCUAGAGCUACUGCGUCUUCUCGUGGUCCAGUUGGAGCUGGAGCUGCUGAGGGUGUUGGCACUGAGGGUAUUGCUGGCGUUACUGGAGGUGGUCCUGGUGGUGGUGCUGCUGGUAUUGCAGGAGGUCCUGCAGCUGCUGGGGGUAGUAGAGCUGGAGGUGCUACCACUGGGGGUAUUGGUGCUGUCCUUGCUAUUUCUGGAGUCGCUGCGCGGCCUUGGCCGUACUUUGUUCCGCUCCUUGAGCAGGUUCUUCGUCUCCCGCCCUCUUUUUGUACUCCUCCCUUAGACCGUCCACCGCCGGUCCCGUCGCUGUUACAGUUAGAGCCUGCCUCCCCCCUGCCUGCACCUUCUCCCUACGCUGAUCCUACUGGAGGUCUUGCUGAGCAUCGUGAGCCUGCGUCUCGUCCUGCGUCGCCUGUCCGUACUGCUCGCGCUAGUGGUCGUGGUUCGCGUCGGCGUCCUUCCCCUGUUCCUUGCACGCACCGGAUGUCUCUGCGUCCGUCCACUGCUCCUCUGCGUGCCCCUUUGUCUUCUCCUCCUGAGUCCUCUCUUCCUGCUCUUGCUGACCCAGAGUUAGACUCCCUUCGUGCUGCCAGUCCUACUGUCACGCGUCUCCUUGCUACUGUUGUCACUGACCCUGCCUUUGAGUCCGCCACUGCGUCUGCCUUGGUCACUGAGCUCUUCGACUUUGCUGCUCGCUGUCGUCUAGACUAUGCUGCUAGUCUUGUUGCUGAGUCUGAGUCUGUCUAUCCUCCGUCCGUCGGGGACGCGGAUGCACAUGACAUCCCGACUCCGCGCUCUUACGCGGAGGCGAUAGAGGGUCCUUACUCCUCUCAGUGGCAGGCAGCCAUGGACGCGGAGAUGGCUUCCUGGAAGUCCACAAGCACCUACGUUGACGAGGUUCCCUCGCCAGGGGCGAACAACGUCAGUGGCAUGUGGAUUUUCAGGGUGAAGCGGCAGCCGGGUUCUCCGCCUGUCUUCAAGGCACGUUACGUGGCUCGUGGCUUCAGUCAGCGGCACGGAGUUGAUCACUUUCAGACCUUCUCUCCCACGUCAAAGAUGACCACUCUUCGGGUACUGGUGCACAUAGCUGCUCACCGUGACUACGAGCUGCACUCUCUUGACUUCACCACUGCUUUCUUGGAGGGCAGCCUGCACGAGGAGAUCUGGCUGCGCCGCCCACUUGGCUUUACUGGGACUUUUCCUCCUGGCACCCAGUGGAGCCUCCGACGGCCAGUCUACGGUCUCCGCCAGGCACCUCGUGAGUGGCACGACACAUUGAGGACUACACUUGCGGCUCUUGGGUUUGCUCCUUCUACUGCCGACCCGUCGCUGUUUCUGCGCACCGACACUUCGUUGUUGCUGUUCUACAUCCUCGUCUACGUCGAGGACUUGGUCUUUGCCACAGCUGACACUGCUGAACUCGCCCACAUGAAGUCCGAGCUGCAGAAGAGACACACGUGCACAGACCUGGGUGAACUGCGCAGCUACCUUGGCUUGCAGAUCACCCGGGACAGAGCACGCCGCACCAUUACCCUGUCUUGGUCACACAUGGUGCAGCACGUCCUUCAGCGCUUCGGCUUCACGUACUCCUCGCCUCAGGCCACUCCUCUAUUUACUCGCCACUCGCUCUCAGCUCUGCCUUCGAAUGAGUCCGUAGAGUCGAGUGGCCCGUACCCAGAGCUUGUUGGCUGCCUCAUGAACCUGGUGACCUGCACACGACCUGACCUUGCAUAA